AUUUGCCAGAGUUGAUCCGAAGACGCACCCUAGUCGACAGUCCCAAGCUAGGGGGGAUGGGACGCCUAUGUGAAAUUUCGAGUUUGGCGCGCCCUGACGUCCGACUUGAUUGAACCACGCCCGCGUGCAAGUCUAAUAGCGUACGUCGAAAACCACACACAAUGUUUGGACCAUUUAGGAUAACAAACGUCUUAAAUGGCGGUCUUCUAUGGAAGACCCCAUGGCGACUCUCUCGAUUCCAGAAACUCCGCCAGCGCAGGCGGCUGCGAGCUGUCGACGACGUUGUAGCAACUUUGGACAAGGCAUUAGCCAAGAAGGGCGAAUCGCUCAAGUCGCUCGAGAGGUGGAAGGAGGAGAUGCCGACCGAGGCUGAGAUGGCUCCCAGGGACAAGUACACCAUCUUUGCGCGGUACGAGAAGAAGUACCGGAAGGGCAUUCACAAGCUGCCAAAGUGGACAAGAGUGUCACAGAGAGUCAACCCUCCUGGUUUCUGAUGAACCAGUUGAACGAAAAUCACGAUAUAUUGAUCCCUCGAGAGGUUUCAACUCAUCGGGAAGUGCCAACUCUGGACGAAAGCCAUGGAGCGUUCGAUUUCGACUCUGGAAUCCGGCUGGGAUACAAUUCACGCAUGGCCGUUUUUCUCGCAUAUCAAUCAUGGGACGCAGCGUACCUUCCAUGCAUAAGACUGCUCGGUACAUCCUGCAACUCGUUGCACAAUCUCAGCUCUGCUGUUGGCACCUUGGUGCCUUUGUUGAUAAGAACGCCGUCACUGUGGGCAAGCCGAUAAUGACCUAUGAGGCGUGUAUCACUUUGUUGUAUUUAAGCGUCUGUAACAUCAUCUUUGUAGAAAAAAAAAUGAGUCUUCAUUGGU